AUGGCCAUCAUGGCCUCGCUCGUGGCCACCGCCCUGCUGCUGUUCUUCGCUCGAAUAGCAAGCUGCGUGCCAGCCAUCUCGUUCCCCUUCAACGCCCAGCUGCCGUCGGUUGCCCGCAUCGACAAGUCGUUCUCCUACUCCUUCUCGCCCUACACCUUCACCUCGAGCUCCAAGAUGACCUACGCCUUGGGCACCCACCCGAGCUGGCUGUCGAUCGAGAGCGGCACCCGUCGUCUGUACGGCACCCCGAAGGACUCGGCCGUCGAUGCCGGCGACGUCGUGGGCCAGCCCGUCGACAUCAUCGCCACCGACGACACGGGCUCGACGACGAUGAGCGCGACCAUUGUCGUUUCCCGCUUGUCGCCACCGUCCGUCAAGGUGCCGAUGCAAUCGCAGAUUGCCAGCUUCGGCAAAUUUUCUGCUCCCUCGUCCAUCCUCGCCAACCCGUCCACCCCUUUCACCUACACCUUCAGCCGAGGCACUUUUGGCACGCCGGAACCCAACUACUACGCCUCCUCGGGCAACAGCAGCCCCUUGCCGGCUUGGAUCCGAUUCGACGCCGCCUCCCUCACCUUCUCGGGAACGACGCCGCCGGUCGAGUCCCUGGUCCAGCCGCCGCAGACCUUCGACUUCAGGCUCGUCGCCUCCGACGUCGUCGGCUUCUCCGCGGCCUCGCUCUCCUUUUCCAUCGUCGUCGGCAGCAACGGCAGCCACACGCUGACGACGGACAAACCCGUCAUCGCCCUCAACGCGAGUCGCCAGACGGAACUCGCCUACGACGGCGUGCUGAACGGCGUGAAGCUGGAUGGAAAGCAGGUCGUCGCGGCCGAGUUGAACGCGACGACGGAUGGCCUGCCGAGCUGGUUGGCGUACGACGCACAGAUUGGCAAGCUUCAAGGGACGCCUGGGCCCGAUGACCACUCGACAAAUUUCACCAUCAGCUUCCAAGACAAAUUCUCCGACAAGCUGGACGUCCUCGUCGUCCUGCAAGUCUCCUCGGCCCUUUUCGAAUCCACCCUGGACGACAUCAAGGUUCGGCCCGGCAGCGACUUCGAAGUCGAUUUGGCCAAGCACUUCCGCAACCCAAACGACGUCGACAUCCAGGUGACGUCCGAUCCGGAGCAGGACUGGCUCAAGGUCGAUGGCCUCCAGCUGUCCGGCAAGGUUCCCGACUCGGCCAAGGACAAUUUCACCAUCACCAUCACGGCAUCGUCCAAGAGUUCAGCCGUGAAGGAGACGGCAGGAUUCGGCGUCAUCUUCCUCGAGCUCGAGGAAGCAACACCCACCGUCACGGUGGCGGCUUCGACGGCCGUCACGAAGGCGACGCAGACGCAGACGAGCCCUGUGGCCGAGAGCGCCACCGACUCGCAUUCCGGUCGACUCAGCACGGCACAAAUCUUGCUGGCGACCAUCAUACCCAUCAUCUUCAUCACCUUUCUCCUCAUUCUGCUCGCCUGCUUCUUCCGCCGUCGACGCGCACGCCAAACCUACCUCUCCGGCAAGUAUCGCAAGAACAUGCCAGACUCGGUCCCCGCCAACCUCGGUGCCGCCGACUCGGACCAUUCGGUCAUGAGCCAGGUGCAUGUGAUGAAAGGAGGAGUGGGCGUGCACACGGAAAGGCAGCUUUUCAGGCCUGGGAAGGAAGGAUACGCCGACGGCAUCUCGCCGUCGUCCUCGAGGGAGCGGUCGUCUGUCACGUUGGGCAGCUUAUCCGACCCCGAGAUGCCCCGGCCACUCUUCGCCGAAGCGCCGGGGACGAUUACGAUUCGGAGCAUCGACCAGUCCGAGAGCGAGGUCGACCGGCAAUCUUGGGUCACGGUGGAAGUGGAGGGGACGGCGACGACGGUAACGGGAAGCAACGGGUCCAACACAACCUUCCCCGGGUCGCCCCAUCAGAUGCUCCCGAUGCCGAGGUAUCUCACCGAGUCGAGGACCAUGUCCACGCUCGGAGACGUUUCCAACUUUCAGCCCACGCCGACCAUCAUCCCACGGAAGGAAAAGCAGAGUCUGGGGACCCACUCGAUCGUCACGUCGAGCUCGGCUGCGCUCCCGCGCGGGUUUGAGAGCGGCCAGAGGAAGCCAGUGCCGGAGCAGGGGUCAACGGCAAACUGGGAGACGAUAGCGGAGAGCGACGCCGGCGGCAGCGUGUCCGUCAUCAGGAAACCGUCCAAGGCUCUGCUUACGUCCCGGACCGAGGAUUCCAAAGGUUGGUACGACACCGACUCUUCGGCCGAGAGCAAGGACUUUGAAACGGACAUGUCGUUUGGCUCCGCCGAGAACUGGCGGGUCAUCGGGAGCUUCCGAGGCGUCGGGACAGCCAGGCAGAGCGCGUCGCACAAGGAUCUCGUUCACGAGACCCCGUACCGUGCUUCACGGCCAGGCACAGGACGAACCGAGAGUGACAGGCCAGAGGCUCUGUCGCCGAGCACAUGGCGUGAGACGGGGCGGUCGACCGGAGCGCAAGGAGAACGAUCGAUGAGCAGCGUCCCGAAGCAUGUGAUGGACGAGGACCAGGACGAGGACGCCGACGACGGCGAAGCAAUCAUCAACAUGUCCGGGGGGAAUGGCGAGCCAGAGCCGGCAACGCAUCGGACAGGGUGGAGCAGGGAACAUUCUCACCACCAAAGAUCAGAUGCCGGGGGGAGCUUUUCGGUGUUUUUGUAA